UUAGCACUGUCAAGUGUGACUGAAGAGCGCUGUGAUGGCCACACAGAGAGUACUCCCACAAAGCAAAGAAACUCUUCUGCAGAACUACAAUAAGAGACUUAAAGAUGACAUCAGGUCAAUUCUAGACAAUUUCACCGAAAUAAUCAAAACGGCAAAGGUGGAAGAUGAGACUCAGGUUUCCAGGGCGACACAAGCUGAGCAGGAUCACUAUGAAAUGCACGUGCGAGCUGCCAACAUAGUACGUGCAGGAGAGUCUCUCAUGAAGCUUGUCUCAGACCUUAAGCAGUUCCUCAUCCUGAAUGACUUCCCCUCUGUCAACGAGGCCAUCAGUCUCCGCAACCAGCAGCUGCGC